AUGUUUCGCUUGUCACUGGCAGCGCCGUUUCAGCCUCCAAAGGAGGUGGAGAAGACCCUUUUCUCUGGCUACGUUGACAGAGUACGAGUUGCCGAUAUGUUGAACCUCCCCGUGUAUGGCGGUGGAGAGGUGUAUGCUUUGUAUUAUAGACUGACCGGUGCAGGGGCUUGCCGCACGCCACUUAUCACCAUCACACAAGUAUUUGAAGAGGAGUGCCGGCGGAAAACAGGCAAGGAAGGAAACAAGUUGGACGUUCAAACUACACAUCGGGUGCCAGUUUUGCUGCUUCUCGGCGCCUCCUUCGUUAUCGAGGAGGACGCAAAGCUCAUGUGCCAGGAGUAUCAAAAAAACCUUCAACAGUCUCUUUCGUCGCUGGCCGAUGUUGCUGUGGUGACUGUACCCACUUGCUUUACUGAGAAGAAUGUUAUCUUUGCGCUUCGGAGCGCAAGCAUAGACGGUGGUGAGGAGGCUAGUCAUAGGCAGCAGAGCAACAUGGAAGUAAGGAAAGAAGGGAGCGGAGUCUUGCCCCCCUUAACUUUGCGCCGUUGUGGUCAAGACGCCAGUCAACAUUCUUCGGAGUCUCUUUCGGAAAAUGUGCUACGCUCAGUUGUAGCCAACGCAUUGGAGGAGGUGGCACUGCGUCAUGAAAAAUCCACCGAUCAUCUUGUGAGUACCCUGAGCAAGCUUGUGGAGUACUGGUCGCGAGAGCGCGUGAUAGAACUUAUGGAGGGGCUUCAGAGUGAGAGAGAAGCCCUCAUAGAUGCCACAAAAGAGUUUGAGAAUGUUCAGCGGCAGCUGCGCCAGACGCAAAUCGUGAUGGAGGCACUUCGAAAGGAAGUGGAGCGCAUCGGUGAUAAAAUAGAUCAGCAGCAGACUGGGGGCGAUGAUGUCCCGUCCGGCGUCAUGAACGAACUCGUGGGCUCUACCCGACGCUUGGAGGAACGUCUUGCGGAGUGUAUGAGUGCCUUUUCUUCAAAGCAGCAGAUUACUCUCGAUGUGCGGGAGGAGUUGGAGGCUAUGCAGAGGAAGCUUCAAGGUCAACUCGACCAGACCUUGUCAAAACAUCUGAGGAUUAUGCACGAGGAUCAGCAGCUGCUUAGAGAAAGUUCAGUCAGUAAUGGGGGGGAGCAGCAACUCACUCAACAUGUCUUUCAGGAACUUCCAGAGCGUAUUCACAAUGCGAUGGAAAAGGCGUUGAAAUCCUUCAGUCAAGACUUGAACGAGCGGACAAGGAGUGCGUUGGAGAGUCAGCAGAAGAUGGCACAUUUGCAGCUAUCCGCUGUGUGCGAUAGGAUGUGCCACACUGUUGAAGCAGGGCAGGGACGCGUUGAGCGUACUGUAACAGAACUGCUGUCCAGAAAGCUGAAUGGUAAUGGCACCGCCGCAGCUGACCAUAACAAACCGCACGAGAUGGACAAGAACCUGAUGUGA